UUUCACAGCACGGAAGAAAAAAAAGCAACUUGGUCUCUUUGAAUCACGAGAAACUCCAAGGCAAAGGAAAGAAGAAUGGGCUCAAACACUCCACAGCUUCCAGUCAUCUAUCUCUCGGACCAAACCCUAAAACCAGAAAGCUCAAAGUGGGUUGAAGUUAGGAGUGACGUACGUAAAGCUCUGGAAGAGUACGGCGCUUUCGAGGUGUCAUAUGAUAGAGUGUCAGAGGAGCUUAAGAAGUCGGUUUUGGAAGCCAUGCAAGAGCUUUUCGAGUUACCAGUUGAGGCUAAACAGAGAAACGUGUCUCCCAAACCCUACAUGGGAUAUUCCACUCAUAAUGGUCUCUCCGAGAGUUUAGGGAUCCAAGAUCCUCAUGUUUUGGAGAAAGUUAAAGAAUUCACUCAACUGCUACGUCCUGAUUGUGAGGGUAACAAGAAUACUAGCGAAACGAUCCAGAAGUUUUCAGAGAGGUUAGCAGAUUUGGAUGUAAUGGUGAGAAGAAUGGUGAUGGAAAGCUUCGGGGUAGAGAAGUACCUUGAUGAACACCUGAGAGAGACGAAUUACCGUCUGCGACUGAUGAAGUAUAUAGCACCACCUGAUGUUGCUCCAGGUGCUGAUGAUGUUCAAGAUAGUGCUAUUAUGAGUACUAAUGCUAAUGUUGACGCGGCUAAAGAUUCUGCUGGUGAUCAUGAUGCCGAUGUUGGUGCUGGUGAUAGUGCUAAUAAUGUUGGUGAUAUUGCUAAUGGUAUUGCUAAUGUUCAUAUUGAUAAUGGUGUUAAUGCUGGUGCUAAUGCCAAUGUUGAUGCCGAAGUUGGUGGUCAUGAUCAUGUUAGUGCUACUAAUGGUACUCUUACUAGUACUAAUGUUGGUGUUGACGAUAGUGUCAAAGCUAAUGGUGGUGCUGAUAUUGAGGAGAAGAAAUUGGGUCUACCUACUCAUACUGAUAAGAACCUUUUUACGGUGCUUUAUCAAUAUGAGGUUGAAGGUUUGGAGCUAUUAACCAAAGAUGAAAAGUGGAUCAGAUUGAAGCCAUCGCAUAAUUCUUUCGUUGUUAUGGCUGGAGAUACUCUAUAUGCACUUACGAAUGGUAGACUAGCUCGUCCGUAUCAUCGAGUAAGAGUAACGGAAAAAAAGAAGACAAGAUAUUCAAUAGCAUUGUUCUCGGCUCCAAACGGAAACAGCAUCAUUGAACCACCAAAAGAACUUGUGGACGAGAAGUAUCCACGUGUCUUCAAACCAUUUACUUAUGUCGACUUGAUGAGUUUCUAUCACACUGAAGCUGGUCGUAGAGCUCAAUCUACUCUUCAUGCUUAUUGUGCCGUCUCUGGAGCAUAAAAUGUGGCUUCAUAAAUUACGAGUUUCAAAAAUAUCGGGUGGUUUCAAGAUUCGACUGAUUAUAAAAAAACCAUGUAGUACUAAAUAAGGGGUUUUUUUGUAUUAGUUGAUGAGUUCUGUUUUGUGUGAUAAGUAUAAUUGAUAUGUGUUCUCUAUAUACUGUCUACUGUAUGAAAAUCAAUAAACUUUUUGUUUGUUUAAAGAUGAAAA